CCCGUCCGGGUGGUACCACUUAGCGUUAGCAAAGCGGGAACAUUCGUUCCGGGCAUCACAGCGCAUGCUCAGAAACAAACAACAAGCAUGGAGGAUCUAAGGCGCUAAAGAUUUUACUAUCAAUCUACUCGUCUCGUACAGAGCACAAAUAAAGUGAAGAUGAUACGCAGAUCAAGAAUCAGCGUCCGGCCCAAUGUAAAGCCAGCAGGCCGAGCUCUGACAGGCUCUUCUGAUGCAUCUCUAAAUAAAACUCAGCCUCCCCAGACUGCUGACUCCACCCCAUCAGAGGGGUCAGGGGUCACAGUAGAUCAGGUUAAGACUGAUGCGCACCCCUCAGCAACAGAGCCGACCAAUGCGAAAGCAGCUAUAAGCAGCAGCCAUGAGGUGGAAUCCACUAGCCACGGAGAAGAUGCUGCAACUAAAACUAGUGAUGCCCAAGCUGCAACAAGCACCUCUUUGUCGUCCGGCCCACAAAGAAGAAAACGCUUAACUGCUUUGCCCAACCUCGCCAAACCUCGAGCCUCUGCAGCCUCCACCAAGACUCCAAAGUCUCCAUCCAAGUCCACUCUCAAACCAGUAACACCCAGUGAAUCUGAAAAAUCCAGCGUUGAAGAGCUUGCCUCUGUGACGCCUUUGGUUAAGGAGCCUGUCCCCAAUUUCAAGGCUCCUGGAAGACCUAGACCUUCUGGAGGGAGCAGGCAACCCAAAGCUCAGCCCACACCUGCAGCCCCACCUCAGACUGAAAUAGUGGAGGAGACAAAAGGGGGAGGACCAUCAGAGAAAACCAUUGGGCAUGUGUCUCAGCAUCCUCUUGAAACAUCCCAACCCGAUUCUGGAUUGCUUCAUGAAAACCCUCCGGAGUGUCCAAGCCCUUCUGCUUUGACCGACACGGCUGUUCGACCGGAAAACCGUUCUGGACUUGAUCCUAAGCAAAGCCAGUCUGAUCCAUUAAUAGAAAAACUUGAAAGGCUUAAAUCGUCUUCAAAGGUCAUCAAAUCUUUGACAGCUUUAAAUGACCCUGCAGACUUGAUCAGGUUGGCCAGGGCUCGGAAACUUAGAGAGCUUCUUAAAAUGGAGAUGAGCAAAAGCAAGGAAGACAAGAAGAAACCCAAAAUUGGAGUCAAAGGACGAAAGGCACCAAAAGAUCACACCAAAAUGACCAUGAAAGAACUGAUCUAUUACUUACCUGUGUCCAACCCAAUGAAGUCUUUCACAGAGGAGGAGGAGAUAGUGUCUGAGAUAGUGUUACCUAACUCUCCUACACCAACUUCUUCUAAGCCAUCAACUGGUCCAACAGUUCAAGAAAUCGUGGCUCGAGAUGCUGGUCAUGAGGAAGAGGAAGAGCGAGUGGAGGAAAGUCUUCCAGAGGAGGAAGAGCCUCUGAUGGUACCCAGGGUGAAAGUAGCAGAAGAUGGAUCUUUGAUUAUAGAUGAAGAGAGUUUAACAGUCCAGGUGUCCAGGACUAAUGGACCUAAUCCAGCCGAGGACAGAGAUCCUAUAUUUGAACGUGGUUCUACUACCACCUACUCCAGCUUUAGGAAGGGCACCUACACCAAACCCUGGUCCAGUGGAGAGACUGAUAUGUUUUAUUUGGCCAUCAGCAUGGUAGGAACGGACUUUUCCAUGAUUGGUCAACUUUUUCCACACCGGGAUCGUGUAGAGAUUAAGAACAAGUUUAAGAAAGAGGAGAGAGCCAACUCAUGGAGGAUAGACAAAGCUUUCAAGGAAAAGAGACGUUUGGAUCUGGACUUCUUCAAAACAUUAAUGGAGCAGAUUUUAGAAGCUGAGAAGACGAAAAAAACCAAGAACAAGGAGCUUGGAAAGUUGGCUAAAGUGCAAAGGCCCCGAAGAAAACCAAAAGUGGCUAAAAGAAAGGAAAUGGGGUCUUCUGAUGGUUCGGACAGCGAUGAGGAGGCGGGAGAAAAGGAAAACGAAGACCUCUGGAAUGACGGAGAGGAUGCUACUGCUCCAAAGAAACGCAGAGGAGGGGCGGAGCAAUCACAUAUUAGGAGCGAUGGGAAGGAUGCCGAUGAUUCUCAUGAUUGUGAAAAUGAAGUUUCUGAUGCUCCAUCUUUAGAUGACAGCAGGUUAAAGGAAUCUGAUUUAUCAGAGAAUGUGAGCAAGAGUCCGGCCAUUAAACCGGCUCAGCUCAAGGGUCGACCCCAAAGACCGACUCCGACCCUCAGUCAGAGGUGGGGAAAUAGACGCCCAGCCGGAGAAGAAACUAAAAAGUCUCCCAAGGUCACACCAAUGCCAGUACAAGCGAGGGAAAAGAAACAGUCCAGUAUUCUCCAUGAACUGGAAGAUUUUGAGGAAGAACCUGACCUCACUGCUGUACAGGAACAAAUCUUUAAUAAACCAACCAGGUCUGGUCGCAUCCCUAAACUUUCUCAGCACGUGAUACAAGCAGCUGAAGAGGAAGAUGAAGAAGAGCUGUCUGAUCUGCCAUUAACAUCUCAAGUUUCUGAUCAAAGCUCCCGGAGGGCCAAACUGAAGCCUGGCCCAAGUGUGACACAAGGGAUGACGCGGAGGGGAAAAUCAAAACUGGUGACCUUACGAGCGUCUGUAGCUGAAGAUGAUGAUGAUGAAGAGGAAACAGGCGACUGUGUCCUGAUCCAUGAAGACCCAGAAGAGGAAAACCAGCCUUUUGUGCCAAUGAGCCUUCGCUCUCCACCUCCAGUGAAUUCAGAAGUGGUUGAAACCAUGGAGGAGCUGGACAUCUCUAUGAAUGUUACCGAUAUCCUGGACACUUCCCAGCAUGCUUUGUGCCCUGAUUUGUCCUGUGAGCAGGCUGAAAUGCCUGCUGGUUCUGUCCCCUGUGAGCACCAGUUGGACCUGCUUGUUGAUGUCAUUGAGUUUCUUGACCCAGAUCACAUGGAAGUGUGUAAGCAGAUCAACAAUGAAGCCGCCCAGACUCUUCUGACCAUUGGGAACUCAGCUCUGACUCAGACUGCAGAAAUGUCCUGCACAGGUGAAAAUUAUAUUGGUGAGCAAUCAUUAAAUAUCAUCCAGGAAGAGGUUGUCCAUGAGGAAGUUAUAACAGAAACAAUAGAAGUUCAAGCUGAUACCUCAACAGUGAUGUCUGGUACUUCAGUAAGUUGUGAGCCGGAAACAAAAAGUGACCUUGAUCCAUCAAGCAAAGGGAGUCCUGACGAAACCUCCACCACGACAGCACAGCCAAUCAGCAUAGAGACAACAAAUGAUGUAUCCACCCAAGACGAAAUGCAGAACUUGGGUCGUUCCGCCAGUGAUCUAUCCUCGAGAAGGAGCCGGUUCUCUAAACCCAAGCCCAAUGUUGGCCAAGGUUUGAGAACCAGACGAGCACAGAAGCAGCAAGACCCUCAGGAACUUCAUUCUGUGCAGAGCUCCAGUGAUCUAACUUUAACAAAAGAGGAUCAAAAUCCAACAGAACCCACACCACAAGACUCCAUUACUGUCACGCAGCCAGAUACAUCAUCUAAACAAAGACAAGACAGUCGUGACGCCAUCUCUGAAAAAGUGAUUGACGAAGAUAGUGGAUCUGUCCCAUCACUUAAGAGAAAGAGGGACGAUAUAAUCACAGAGGAAUGUGCGAAAAAAGAUAGACGAGAGAUGGAAGAGGCGGGGCCAGAGACACUGCAGACAAACAGUGUGAGUGUGCCACAGGAGGAAUCAGAUGAGUCCUCUAAACCUGUCAGGAGGUAUCGCGGACCCAAACCUAAACCUAACCUGGCUCGUACAUCUAGACCCCCACACACCCAGACCCAGCAGAACACAACAUUAACCACACCAGUACCAAAAGAAAGCUCACCAGCUGCCGAGUUCUCCACAAGCACUUUCACAUCAACUGAAAGCCCUGAAGAGGGCGCUGUAGUUCCCACAGGAUCUGAUGUUUCCCAAAGGCCAUCUCAACAAGAGACCGUUUCAACAAACAUAAAAUCAGUUAAGGAAGUCACACCCCAAGUUGCUGAAGAUGAGUUGAAACAGAGAACUGCGGUAAGGUUAGAAGAAAGCACUAGAAGUACUUCUGAUGAAAGCUCCACGAAACUUCCUGUUGGUGUACUGCAGGACACAUCUGCUGACCCCACCGCUGAUGAACCGGUGUUUAUACUCUCUCUCACUGAAAUCCCACCCACCUUUGAUGAGGGGACGGCCUUUGGGACAGAGUCAAAAUUACUUUCUCAAAGUCAAAGUGUUAAUGAGAGCAGGGAGCCAAGUCAUCAUCUGAUCACGGAUGCUUUAGUUCUUGUGGAAGAGGAAAGAGGGGAGGGGGACGGGGACAAAACAAGGAAAAGGGAUUUGAAUUGUAAGGCAUCAGCCUCAAGAUCUCCGAAGAGUGCCAAUACAGAAAGCAAGACAGAACGUGAUGUGGAAGUACUGGCAAACCCUGUAGCAGAGAGGACUAAGGAGGAACAUCUGGAAAAGAAAAGAGAACUUCCUGAGAGAGCCAGAAGAGCAAAACUGCAGGUUAAACCCAACCCAGUCACAAAAAGAAACACAAAAAGAGCGGCCCAUGCUAACGGGGAGACACCAAGGGUCUCUUUAGAAGAUACUACUUCAGUACCCAUUUCAACACUAUGUAGCGAAAAGACCAUAUCAGCACAAGAACAAAAUGUCCAAGCCACCAUUUCAACAACGGUAAACUCGGACAGUUUAACAUCAGCAGUCAUUUCAGAUGGAGAAACAAUUACUUUGUCGAGUGAUGUUCGAGCACCUCCAUCUCAGUCCUCCUCAGAUACCAAAAGUCCGCCUCAACUUGCCAGUCAAGAUAUUACUGCUGAGAAGUGUGCCCAUGUCGACCCCUCCCAAUGCAUUAUGGGACAGGUAGACCUUGCAGAUAAAGUAGGAUCGAUGGAGGCUAGUGGGUCAGAUGUCAAUCAAAUUACACCUGUUGCCACAAGCGGGCCACUUACAAGACCUGGUAGAAGACCCAAGGGUUUCCUGUCUUUCAUCACCCCCAAGAAUACACAAGGGCCCCCAGGAACUCAUCGAGGGGCUAAGACAGGCCCCCAGAAACCAGUGGUCAAUACCACACGCCCAGAGAGGAAACGAGUAGCGGCCAGCCCUGUUACUUUGGCAAUAAACCCUGAAGCGAAGCGACCCUCAACAGCCUCUGCUUCCACCAUUGAGCAGAAUUCAGAAGAAGAGCCCACCAGUGUCUCCAACUACUUCUUUAGUGAUAUCUUCACUGAAGUUGAUGAACUAGAAGACAUGGAUUGACAAAAGCAAGUGGAUGGAAGAAGGAAUGUGAUAUAACCUAUUAAUCAAAUACAAACACUUUGUACUUGUUAGAAUUGUAAAUAUAAGUAAACUUUAUCUAGAGAUAUUAGAGGAAUCGACUGAAGAAGAUACAGUCAAAGCGUUUACCUCACAUUAAGGAUCAGACUUAGUUUGAUUUUAAGGAUUUAAAUUAUUUAUUUUAAAAGUAUUCAAACAAAGUGAAAAGUUUUUGGUAAAUGUCCCAGUUGCACUGCACUUAAUGUAAAGUUACAAUAAGUUUCAUGUCUGAUCUCAGCAUAACUGUGAAUUUUGUGACUGUUCUUUGUAUUGUUUUAGUUUAGUUAAGAACCAGUAAAUUACAAGAUUACCCUACUAUUUUUCUACAUGUUCACAUUCAAGUAUUUGUUUUUCUUUAGAACUUUUAAAUGCCUUUAA